AUUUGCCCCAGAACACAUCUGCAGUUCAUUCUGGUUUUUCGGCUGACUCAUCUUCUUGCUAAUUGUCUGUCCCAAAACAAGAACCGUGAGAACCCGAUUAAGAAUGGGCGAGACAAGUUUUCAGAAGGGAACCAAGCCUAUAAAGCUGAUAGCCGCAGCAUGUAAUAAUAUGGGGAUCGGAAGAAAUGGGUGCUUACCAUGGAAUCUACCGAAAGAAUACAAGUAUUUCAUAGACAAGAUAACAUCUGUAACGCAGCCCGGAAAGAAAAAUUUAAUUGUUUUGGGCCGAUUCUCAUUUGAGUCCUUUGACGAGAGGUACUUGCCGCUGCCUAACUGUAUUAUUGCACUUCUGAGCCGAAAAGAAAGCACUCUGCCACCGCAUGCAAGCCACAUAUGCCGCGAUGAAGAAGAUGUCCUAAAACUGGCCUCAACACCCCCGCUCUGUAAUGAGGUUGAAACCAUAUGGAUCCUGGGGGGCGCUGAGUACUACAAAACCAUGAUGCAGCAUCCUUGGUGUGAUGAGAUCUACUUAACACGAGUUCAAGCUGAUUUUGAAUGUGACACCUUCUUCCCUGAAGUGAACCAAGAGAUUUACAAACUGAUGGAAAAUUUUCCUGGAGUUCCUUCUGAAGUACAAGAAGAAAACGGAUUAAGUUAUGUAUUUCAAGUUUAUAAAAGAGCUGAAAAUAUCAAACGCCAGUGACCACUGGAUCGAGACGGAAAUUGUAGCCAAAGCAAGAAAAUAAGUAAAGAGUAGCCGAUGGAUCGUGAUAAAUGGUCGUUUUAAGGAAGAAUGUGGAAAAGUGACCGCCAGCGGGAUCCUACUUUUCAUGUCCUGUUCACCGAUUGUGCAUCAUUACGGGAACACAAAGAUGUUAUAUACAUUUAUAAUAAUAUCUAUAUAUCUAUUAUUCCAGAAAAAUUCCAAAAACAAAUCACAAAAUAUAACAUAUUCCAGAUGACAUUCAUUUUUUAACCCCUGGUUGACCAGCUGUUAAGUGCUAUAACUCACAAUCGUCGUUCUGGUUUAAAAUAAAAAAGAAUGCUUGAUAAA